GGGAAAGGGCAGCGACGACGACGACGACUGUACAUACCAUCAAAGAGCAUCUGACAAUCCUCAUCCGCUACAUCGUCCUCUUGCGGCAGCAUCUACAGCCAUGGCAGACCCAUCAUCAUCAUCAGCAUCACCGUCGAAGAAGAAGAGGAGCGGAGAUGCCGACGGCAGCAAGUCAAGCAAGAAGAGCAAAAAGGGCGAGGAUUCAUCAGGACCUAGUGGCAGCGGAAGCAGCGCCAGUCAGCCCACAAAGGGCGAGGUGGUGUUGAAGUUCAAGGAUCAUAAAGGAGCAGAGACGGGCGGCUACGAGGUGCAAGCCUUGCUGGUCGACUCUCCUUCUUUCCAGCCGCCUUCAUCCAUGAACCUCUUCCACCUGCCCUCAUCCUCAUCCUCAUCAUCCGCACCACCGCAGCUCAAGAACUCUCUCCUGCUGGGCACUCGCCCUGCCAAUACAUCCAACAUCGCCAUCGAAUCCAAUAAUUGGGACAUGGAGGGCUGCCUCUCCCCCGAAGACAUCGCUCAGGCAAAGGGCUACUCGGGCUCCUACCUCGCCGCUAUCUACGACCCUGCAACUCAGGAAGUGACACUCCAUCCUGCUCCUCUGCUCACCCUUGCGCGGAGUAUCAUCCCCAGUGGUGGACAGUCUGCAAGGAUCCAGGGAGGUGCUACCUUUGCUGCUGCCAGGAGAGAUCUGGGUGAGGCAUUUGGUAACCGCAAGCAGAAGUUGGCAUUGAGGAAUGCAGAUCGUAUGAAGGUAGAUACGACUGGUAUGGAUGGGGGAAUCCUUCAGGGUGUGACAGAGGCCAUUGGGGACAGUAAAUUCGACGUGGACGCCCUGCACGCAUCUCAGGGUGCGGACAGCUCGCAGCCCACUGCUGCAAACCUCGCCUCUAGGCCCAUCCCCACUCCCCACCUCGAGGCAACUUCCCCAGAGGAUGUCUACCCCCUCUCUGAGCUCUUCCCACGCGAUAUCAGCUCCAACAUCUACGCCAAUCCCUACAUGCACGCCUCGGACGUGUCUGGUGUGCAUAAGCUCCUACCACUGGCAAGCAACAAGUCCAACUGGCUCGCAAGCAGGAUAUGGAACCGUGUCCUCUCCUCACAGCGUGCUAGUGGGGAGGCAACCUCCUCUGGCGCUUCAGGCAUCCUCAAGACGUCGGCUUCCCACCAGAAGCAGCAGCUGCGCCUCGUGCUAUACAUUGCCUACCUCUGGGCGUUGCGCUCCCUCGCCGCGAGCAACAGGAAGAUCCUCAAUGACCGUAAGGGUCUAAAGGAGAAGCUGAAGCUCACCUCCCCCACGGCAGAAGCGUCCAGCGAAGCACUCCUAGACGCACUCCUCGCUGCGUUCUGCAGUAGGGAUCGAGCGAGGAAGACGUGGGUGCUGACGCCCUUUGGCGAGACGAAGCUCCUGGCAACCCUCCUCGCCCUCUGUCUCCACGUCGAUGGCUUUGUCCUCGAGAUUGAAGUCCUCGCAGCAGAAAUCGGAAUGAGUCCCAAUAGACUCAAGGAGGUGGCCAAGAGUCUGGGAUGCACAACGAGGUAUAGGCAGGGACUUGGGGCGGAUUUGGAAAAUGCAGGGCAGCAGCAGCAGGUGGAAGGAGGAGGAGGAGGAAAGGGAAAAGCAAAGAAGGUCAUGGUACUCAAGUGUCCGGUGAAGCUGCCGGAUGGAAGUCGUGGUGGACCACCUGCUCGCAAGUAAGACUGUGAGACAAGGUGUAUUCGUCUUAUUGUUGCUGAGCGGUCAAUGACUAUACUAUGAGAUGAUUUGACGAG